UGAAAAUUGUUUGCGCUGUUGGUUUCCUAUCGGUAACAUUUGAACGCUACACUCAUUGGGAAAACUCAUUUGGAAAAGGCUGUAUGCUGCAGUUUAGUUAAAAAGCCACUGCUCUUCCUUGUCCAACAACUAACACAGGUGCAAGGCUCCCGUGAUGCCUAAGCUCCAAGGGUUGGAGUUCUGGAGAACGACGCUGCGAGAGGCACGGUAUGUCGUGGCCCCCAUGGUGGACCAGAGUGAGCUGGCCUGGCGGCUGCUGAGCCGCCGUCACGGAGCACAGCUGUGCUACACUCCUAUGCUGCAUGCCCAGGUGUUUGUCCGCGAUGCCAACUACAGGAGGGAUAACUUUUAUUCCGAGGUCUGCGCUGAGGACCGACCGCUCAUCACACAGUUCUGUGCCAACGACCCGGAGGUCUUCCUGAAGGCGGCCCUGCUGGUCCAGGAGCACUGCGACGCCAUCGACCUUAACCUGGGCUGCCCUCAGAUGAUCGCUAAGAGAGGGCACUACGGGGCGUUCCUCCAAGACGAAUGGGAUCUGCUGGAGAAGAUGGUGAAGCUGGCCCAUGAAAAGCUGUCUGUGCCGAUCACCUGCAAGAUCCGCGUGUUCCAGGACGUAGAGAGGACCGUGAGCUACGCACAGAUGCUUGAGAAGGCAGGCUGUCAGUUGCUAACGGUACACGGCCGCACCAAGGACCAGAGGGGCCCUCUGACGGGGAUAGCCGACUGGGAACACAUCAAGGCCGUACGGAAGGCCGUGAACAUCCCCGUGUUUGCUAAUGGUAACAUACAGCAUCUGAGCGACGUGGAGCGAUGCAUCGAGGAGACCGGGGUCCACGGCGUCAUGAGCGCAGAGGGGAACCUCCACAACCCAGCGCUGUUCGAGGGGAGCAGCCCCCCCGUGUGGGAGAUGGCGGAGGAGUACCUGGAGGUGGUGAAGACCCAUCCCCCCAGCACCCUGUCCUUCGUGCGCGCCCACCUCUUCAAGCUGUGGCACCACACACUACAGAUCCACCAGGACCUCCGGGAGGAGCUGGGCAAGGUGAAGAGCAUCGAGGGGAUGACGGAGGUCAGCAGACAGCUGCGACUGCGUUGCCAAGAGGAGAUCGCCAGAGAGAAGGAGGGGGUCGCGGUGAGGCCUCAGGGGGACCUCCCCUUCCCUCACUGGAGGUGCCAGCCAUACAUCAGACCACCGCCUAAAGAGUUGGACCCAAACGGUAAGAGCGAGUGCUCCGAGGUGAGGAUCACGAGUCAGAAGAGGGCGCUGGAGGACUCUGACGGGACGCCUGAGGUCCUGUCCAAAAACAAGCAGAAGAAGCAGGCCCGCAACCCCUACAAGAACUGGGACCCUGAGAGCAGGCCAAAGUACUUGAUGUGUGACCAGUGUGGCCACCCAAAGGGAAAGAAGUGCGUGUUCGACAUGUGUCGCGCGUGCUGCAAGAAGAAGGCCUACCAGGACGUGGCCGACUGCCCAGGCCACGAUAUCCGGUUCAAGACCAAAGCAGACCGACGGAAAGCAGAGGAGGAGGAGAGGGAGGAGAGGGAGGGCAGCCCGCAGGGGACGGACCCCCAGGGGACGGACCCCCACGACGGCCCCCAGGGGACGGACCCCCACGACGGCCCGCAGGGGACGGACCCCCACGACGGCCCGCAGGGGACGGACCCCCACGACGGCCCCCAGGGGACGGACCCCCACGACGGCCCCCAGGGGACGGACCCCCACGACGGCCCCCAGGAGACGAACCCCCACGGUGCCCCCCAGGUCCUCCCAGAGACACAGGCCACAGAGCGGGGCCACACACCUCCAUGAGGACCCGCACUCCCGUUCAUAUUCAUGACCUCACAUUAUCAUCUCCCGCAUUAUGGCUAUAAAACUGUUACACGUC